AUUUGUGAAAAUAUUUCCAGCUUGUUCCAUGCCAUGGGAGGGGGUGUUAUUUCUAUUUUUUUACUUAAAUGGUCAUUUUUCUUUGCUCUGUGGGAUUUAUUUUCUAAUAAGAUAACAUUUUCUCCUCCUAAAACAAAAAAAAAUCCUAGAAAUGGAUUAGAUUUUGAACUUAAAAAGGAGACAGAAAAUGAUGCCUGGUCCCCUAUGAAAAGCAAUGGAAGGAUUCUGCUUUUCUGAUCUCACUGUCUUGACAAUGCUGGGAGACAUUUGGGAGAAGUUUCCAUCCCAAAUUCAAUUUUAAAUUUAAAUUCCCUCCAUUUCCAUACGUGCAAGGACACAAUCUUGAGAUCUAGAGACCUGGAAAGUAAAACCUUCUUCUUUCACAGUGAAAAUUGCUUUGUUUUUAUGUUUUGUUUCCCCCCCUACACUCCUCCAAAAUUAGAAACACUCGCAGAGUUCACGUCAGCUGGAGCAGCUGCGUUGUGAAACCACCAGGAAAAGGAGAACUUGUAGGGAAAACCACACCCCAGAUUUCCAAAAAAACGCCCUUCUCCAUCCACACACGCCCGGACACGCUGCUCCCUAUUCUCCAUCAUCUGACACAGCAGCCUCUGGUUGUUAUCUCUGGAUCAAAGCAAACACUCCGGGGGUAUAAAACCUGCCCUGCCCGAGCCCUGCUUGUUUUGGAGGCUCCCAGACCUGCCAGAGGAUGAAGCUUUUCCUCCUGGUCCUGCUCGGCAUCGCCCUGUGCACGGAGAGCGCUUCCUCCCUGACCUGCUUCUCGUGCAAGGAUGCAACUUCCAACAUCCAUUGUCUGGGCACCACCAAAUGCGGGGAGAACGAGAAGUAUUGUCUGACAACCUAUUCCAGCUCAGGAACCGGCAGUGACAGGAGCCAGAGAAUCACCAAGAAAUGUUCUGCAUUUUGCCCAACAAUUGACCUGAACAUCGGCAUCGCCGGCGUGGCCACCAGCUGCUGCGAGUCCUCCUUGUGCAACAUCAGUGGGGCCAGCAGUGUGAAAACCAGCUCCACCAUCCUCACCCUGGGGGUCCUGGCCAGCCUUGCCUGCAUCCUCAGGAUGGGUUUUUGAGUUGGUUUUUUUUUUUUUUUUUGGUGGGGGAGGAAAAUGAGCUGCUUGGCUUUGCAUGGCACGGUUCAAGCUGCGGUCCGUCGGGUGGGGAGUGCUGCCCUGUCACCUCCUACCAGGAGGUAUUUUUUUUGCUCUUUCCACGCUCUGAUGACAACACCAAAUGAUGUUUUUGGAGAGAGAGAGGGCUAAAAUGGAGCCCUGCACGUGCAGAAUGGCCCCAUGUGCUCACCAUCUCUCCUUCUCCUGGCAUUUAUAACUCCGUGCAUUUUUUUUUUGCCUUUCGUUUUAGCCCGGCCAUUCUCUUGUGCCAUUUUUUUUUUCCCCCCAUUUUCCACUCAGUAUAAUUUUGCUCUGAGAAAGCCUUUAAUAUUCCAGUUGUUAAACAGCAACUGGGCACAAUAAAGUGUUAUUUUAUCCUA